AUGUCUAAUCAGGCGGCCAACACUUUUGAGGACCUCACAGGUGUCUCAACUUCCUCAUUCAGCAAUCCCUACGACGCACUGAUCGCGGCAUGCGAAGACGAUCCGACGCGAAUCCAAGAAAAGUAUGAGCUGCAUCGCACCACGAGGAACCAGCAGCAAAAGGCGAAGAUGCUCGACGCCAACUUUCAAGGCGUCAACAUAGAUCCAAUUCUGUUAAGAGUCCAUGAUACCACUGUCGAGCCUGGAUACAAAGACCCCCGCAACUGCUUUGUCUUUUGGGGAAGACCGACACAGCAAGUCAAGGAUAUGAUCAACCGAGUGCAACAGGAAUUGCUGACGGUGGCACCUAAUCUUUGGCUCAUGCCACGGGAUAACCUCCACAUCACGGCAUUGGAAAUAACGCAUUCGAAGACGGCACCAGAGAUUCAGAAGCUAGUAGAUGGGGUACGAGAUAAGAUACCUGCCAUAACUGACUUUACCCACGACCAUCGUACGCGCCUUAUCAAACCGCUCAUCGGGUACGACGCUUCAGCCAUAGCAUUGAGCUUUGUACCUGCAGCCAGCGAAGGUCUACAUUCGGGUCGCACACCAGAGGACGACAAAUUCACUUACCAUCAUCUCCGCCGGGACCUCUUCUCCAUGUGCCGUGAUGCAGGCCUUCAAGUUGAGUCACGGUACGUUGUGCCCUCAAGCCAUCUCACCAUUGGCCGCUUUAUCCAUACCAAGGACUUUGAAGACGGGACUGGCUCGCCUGAUGCCCAAAAGACAAAAGCUUUGAUCGAUAAGAUCGAAGAGAUUAAUGCUUGGCUUGAAAAAGAGUAUUGGCCCGAACACAACGAAGGUAAGAUACCUACGGGUGGAGAGUUCAACGUGGGACAAGAAACAGGUCUGCACUGCAGGACAGGUACUUUGUGGUAUGGCGGGGGCGAGGUAGUGCAUAUUGGGAAAGGCUAUUGA